AGCCAGCAUAAUGACCGAUCUGAUUCCGAAGAUGACUACAACACACCCAGAACUCCCCGUCGCACGCCGAUGGCCUGUCAGUUCUGCAGAGGUCGGAAGCUUAAAUGUGAUGGCCGUCAGACUUGUGCCAACUGCCAACGCCGCGGAAUACCGUGUACCUAUGUCCCCGUGUGA